GGAUACGCUGUUCUGAUCCUUCCUGUAGUGGUUCUUUUGAUAAUUCCAUUGACGAUUGGAGCUCCAUGGACAUAGUUAUAGCCCUACUGAUGAUUCUGUCAAACUAGCACUCGUUUGGCCUGCUUGGAGUGAACGCAUUUCUUCAAUCUUAUCAUCUUUUUCAAGAAAAAAAAAAAUUCUUGUUUGAUUUGUUUGCAUCAUCCUGUCAAAUUAUAUAUAUGGUUGGUUCAUGAUGUGACGACUGAAUUGUUUGUGUCCGCUUGCAUCACCUAUGAUUUCACAUUCGCCUCUUCUCUUCUGGUGCCUUUCUUAUGGUUCUAGCGAUUGACUUGGUGUUUGGUUUCUUUCUGAUGUAUUAUAACCCUAGCACAGUUGCUUACAUUUCUCUUCCUCUUCCUCUUCCUCUUCUGUUGAUAACCAUGCAGAUUCACAGAGCUAUCAGACCACUUUUUCAUUUUACCCUUCUAUUCAGCUUGAGCAGCUCGUCGUCGGUGAAGACAAACGAUGAACUCGCUCUUCUCUCCUUCAAGGAUUCCAUCGCCGGCGACCCCCUUGGAGCACUAGAGUCAUGGAACAACAACACUCUCCAUUUCUGCCAGUGGCGAGGAGUGACAUGCGGCGCAGCUUCUGCGAAUCGACAAAGAGUCAUCGUGUUGGACCUUGAUUCACUCCACCUGGUUGGUUCUAUAUCUCCUUCGAUAUGCAACCUCACCUUCCUCAAAAGGCUCCACCUUCCUAACAACAAUCUCCAAGGACGCAUACCCUCACAGAUUGGCCAGUUGACCCAUCUACAAUACCUCAACCUCAGCUCCAAUUCCCUUGGUGGCGAGUUGCCAAGAAACCUCACUCAAUGCAAGGAUCUCCAAGUUAUCAGUCUCAAUCAGAACAUGUUUGCUGGACCAGUCCCGGCCGAGCUCGGUUCUCUGUCGAAGCUCACUCAGCUACUUCUUUACUCCAACAAUUUCACAGGGGUAAUCCCAUCUUCUCUUGGGAAUAUUUCCUCCCUCACAUUGCUUCUAUUAGCUGAAAACUUCUUGGAAGGGAGCAUUCCAGAGAAUAUAGCAACCAUCUCAGGCUUGGAAUAUUUCAAUGUAGCUGCCAACAUGCUCUCUGGUAAAGUUCCUUCUUCCAUUUAUAACCUUUCGGGACUCUAUUACCUCAAUGUGGGGAACAACCAACUACAUGGAGAUGUUCCAUCAGACAUAGGCCACACACUCCCCAAGCUUCAGUUUCUUGGGAUGUAUGGCAACCAGUUCCAAGGCUCCAUUCCGAGCUCUCUUGCAAAUGCUUCUGGACUUGAGGUAAUUGGCAUGGAUAACAACUCUUUUAGUGGUAUAAUACCCGCAAAUCUAGGAACUUUGAAGAAUCUGUCCUGGCUAAUCCUUAGUAGAAAUAAGCUAGAAAACAGUGAAUUGAGUUUCAUCACUUCUUUGACGAAUUGCACCAAUUUAGUGUAUCUUGAAUUGUAUCGCAAUGAGCUCCGAGGUGUGCUUCCGCGGUCGAUUGCAAACUUCUCUGCGACAAUGAACUGGCUUACUAUCGGACACAAUCACAUAUCAGGAAGCAUUCCUCCUGAGAUUGAGAAUCUCGUCGGUCUCAGUGCACUUUUCAUGGAAGAAAACCUUCUAACUGGUGUCAUUCCUGAUGCCAUUGGGAAGCUUCAGGGUUUAAAUAGCUUGUGGUUAUUCGACAACAAGUUAUCAGGGGAUAUUCCUGUAUCCAUUGGAAAUCUGACGUUGCUGACUCAUCUGUAUCUUCAAGUAAACAAUCUGCAAGGAAGCAUACCUUCAAGUUUAGGCAAUCUGCAGGCUCUUAGCUCAUUGAAUCUUUCCUCCAAUAACCUCAGCGGUGGAAUUCCGAAAGAAGUUGUUACCCUCUCUCUCUCUUGGUACCUUGAUCUGUCAUUUAACUCGCUCACUGGGUCUCUGCCAAUGGAAGUGAGUAACCUGAAAAACCUAAACGAAUUCAACGUUUCUAACAACAAACUGUCGGGUGAAAUCCCUAGCAGUCUGGGUGAGUGCCGAGUUCUGGAUUACUUGUACUUGGGAAACAAUAACUUCGAAGGUAUAAUUCCUCAAUCUUUGAGCAACUUAAGAGGCAUUCAAGAAAUAGAUCUCUCUCAAAAUCGUCUCUCUGGGAGAAUUCCAGACUUUUUUGCGAGUCUUGAUUCAUUGCAGUACCUAAAUUUAUCUUAUAACAAUCUUGAAGGUGCAGUUCCAACAGGAGGUAUUUUUGCAAGUAUUAGUUUUGAUUUGAUCGCAGGGAAUGAUAACCUUUGUGGGGGUCCUUGGACACUACAUCUUCAUCCAUGCAUCAGGCAGGAAACCAAAACGAAGAGCACUUCUGUGAUAAGAAUUGCACUACCAGUUGGUGGUGGAGCUGUGAUUCUCUUCCUUCUAGCUUGCAUAUUGCUCGUUCGAGGUGUGCCGAAUAGGUCGAGAAUGAAAUCAUCAUCCUUGGAGAGUAAUGGGAGCCAAUAUCCCAGAGUAUCAUAUGCUGACUUGCACAAAGCAACCGAUGGAUUCACUUCUUCAAACUUGAUAGGUUCAGGCAGCUUUGGGUCUGUGUACAGAGGAACACACAAUGGACAACUAGUUGCAGUGAAAGUAUUCAAUCUUCAACAAAGAGGAGCUUCAAAGAGCUUCAUGGCUGAGUGCGAAGCCUUGAGAAGCAUACGACAUCGAAAUCUAUUGAAAGUCAUAACCUCCUGUUCCAGCAUCGAUUCUCAAGGUGAAGAAUUCAAAGCAAUCGUGUAUGACUUCAUGCCAAGAGGAAACCUGGAUGAGUGGCUGCAGCUAGAGAGGUAUGAACAUGAGCAGUCAAAGGGACUUAGCCUGGUUCAAAGGCUGAACAUAGCCAUUGAUGUAGCUUCAGCUCUGGAGUAUCUUCAUUGUCAAGGACAAAUUGUCCACUGCGAUCUAAAGCCAAGCAAUGUUCUUCUCGACGAUGACAUGGUGGCUCAUGUAGGUGACUUUGGGUUGGCAAGGUUUCUCGACAGCGACUGUGGCAACUCGUCUACUGCUUCCUCCAUUCCCCUUGGACUUAAAGGAUCCAUUGGAUACGUUGCACCAGAAUAUGGGAUGGGAAGUCAAGUUUCCCCUCUGGGUGAUGUUUACAGCUUCGGAAUACUUCUCCUAGAGAUGCUUACCGGAUUGAGGCCGACCAACGAAUUAUUCAACGACGGCUUAAACAUUCGGAUCUACGCCAAUGAGUCAUUAACCAGGCAAGUCAUUGACGUGGUUGAUCCUAAGUUGUACCUGGAUGAAGACUUGGAAGCUGGUAAGCUGUGUGAACUUUUGACUUCAUUGUUUAGAAUUGGUCUUGGGUGUUGUGAGGAAGAUCCAAGGAAAAGAAUGCAGAUGGUUGAUGUUAUUAAGGAACUACAUUCCUUUAGAGAUUCCAUUGUGGCUCUGUAAAUUUAAAGAUAGAUAAAGCAACUGAACUAUAAUAUGGGUGAUAUUUUUUUUUUGGGCAGCUUGCAUGCAAGAAGCUGUCCUUGUUAUGGAAAAAAAAAAGUGAAAAAAAAUGAUUUAUGUGUGCAGAGCCGGGCAAGGCCAAAAGAUCUGAAGCAAAUCUUUGUUUAUUUAUUGGGUAGCCAAGGAUUUAAAUGUUUA